AUGAAGGAUACCGCUCUUAUCGCCUUGCCACUCAAGGAAACCAGUGAGACUGACUGGACUGGUCCGUUACGACAAUAUAUCACUGGUAUUUAUGGCACUGCUGAUGUCUAUAAUGAAGACAUAACCGCAUUAAACCGUCUUCGCCAAGAUGUUCGUGGAUGUGCAUCGGAUGCGACAGGAAGAGAUAUUAUUUAUAGAUACUAUGGACAGCUCGAACUAUUAGAACUAAGAAUUCCUGUCAAUGAUCAUGGAUGUAGAUUGUCAUUUACUUGGUAUGACUCGUUUACUCAUACUCCAAUCACUCAGCACUCAUUGGCAUUUGAAAAGGCCUCUCUGCUGUACAAUUUGGCUAGCGUCAAUUCUCAUAUUGGAGCAGAUUCCGACGAUGUUAAGGUAUCAUAUGCUGCGUUUCAAGCUGCUUCGGGCAUAUAUGCUUUCAUUUUAGAGAAUUUCCUCCAUGCUCCGAGUUCUGAUCUUGUUCAAGAUACUGUCAAGGCACUUAGUAAACUAAUGGUUGGUCAGGCCCAGGAGGUACUGACCCUGAAGCAGAUACACGACAGUGCUGCUAAGCCUUCUACUGUCGCUAAACUGGCAAAAGGAACGUCAAAUAUGUACAAAUCAGCUGGCGAAGCGCUCGCCUCUGUUCAUACCAGCAAGUCAUGGGGAGAAAAAUCAUGGCAUCUCUUAUCUCAGCUCAAGUCAAAGUAUUAUCUUGCCAUUAGCUAUGACUAUCAGGCCCGGCAUCUUGAAGCAACUGACAAGUAUGGCCAGGCUCUUGCAUACUUGAACAUUGCGGUAGAGAGUUUCCGGGAGGUUGUCAAGCAAGCAGUACCUCUCCAUUCACAAUACUCUGAUUUCGUAGAUACCAUAAAGGCUUACCAAGAGACCGCUGAACUCAAUCUAAAACGAUUGGACAAAGAUAAUGAUUUCAUCUACCAUGAGCAUAUCCCAAAUGCGGCAACUCUUGCUGAGAUCUCGGGGAUGGAAGCAGCUAAGCCUACUCCUAUGAAUCAGCUGUACAAAGAAAAUAAGGACAUAAGCCAGAUUAUCGGCAAAGAACUUUUUGAAAAGCUCAUUCCUCUCUCUGUUCAUGAGAAGAGCAGUUUGUAUUCAGAGGAAAAAGCUAGUUUGUUGAGAAAGGAAGGCGAGGCUGUUGAAGUUGCAGAGGAAGAGAUGGCAUCAGCUCUGGAAUUUUUGGAUCUCCCCGCCUCGCUACGAAUUCUACAAUCCAACUCUGAUAUUGAAGCAGGUGCUGAUCAGGAUCUUCCCAGUAAUGUUCAAAGCUGGGCUUCUGAAAUAUCUGGUAGUGCUAGUAUUACAUUCGCAAAUCUCGAAAGUAAGAGGAACACCGUUUACAACACUAUUAAAAAGGCGGAGUCUCUUAUUAAUGAGGAAGAAAAUCAAUGGAGGACAGCAAAAUCUCAAUACGGAGACUCGUUUAAUCAGACCUCUUCUAUCUCUUUAAGCUCUGCUAUAAGUUCAGACAUUCAUCGGAUUAAGGAAAGCCUUUCGAACGGUGCUGUUUCUGACCAAUUGGUUCAGAAGCUCUUAAAUUCCGGUAACGUUCGACAGGAUAUCGAAAAAUUGAGAUCGGGCCCAUAUGGACAAGAACUUAUGGAGGCUUUUACGAUUAGCGCACCCAGCACAAACCCUCAGUCAGCAGGAUCAAUCCCCAAUUUGCUAGAUCUUGACAUUGUUGACGAACGUGACGACGUGGCAUCACUUGUUGCGCAGACCGAUGACCUUCUCAAUAGACUGCAUAAAGUCUCCCAGGAGCGCAAAACGCUGUUCAAAGAUUUUAAGCAGCGUGUGCACAAUGAUGACAUUUCAUCGCUGUUGAUUUUGAAUAGCAAGGUACCGAACAUUGAGGAAACGCUCUUUAAGACUGAGCUGGAGAAAUUCCAGCCGUUUAGAACUCGCCUUGAGGCAACAAUACAUCAUCAAAAAGUUCUUCUUAAGGAAAUAACAAGUACUUGGAAAAAAGUAUUAAGCAAUGAGAGUGUUAAGCAGAAAACGAAAAGUAGAGAGUCUAUCAAGGUUCAAAGGCUGGCCAUGAUCGAUAGGUUCAAAUUGGCAUAUAAUAGUUGGAAGGCAGCUCAAGAUGGUAUGUCCAAAGGCAGUGAAUUUUACGAUGACCUGCUAUCGCGCUCUUUGGGAAUUCUACAGAAUGCUCAGCAGUUUCAUCAGAACAGAGGUGAGGAGAGAGCUAGACUUUUGAGUGCAGCCCGUUCGGCCCAUAAUGCUGCUACUCAGGAUCAGCUUCGACAACAACUUGCAGAUUUCUCUAUUGCACCUAGACCUCAUGAGUCCAACCCGCCAUCUCGGGGAGAUUUUAGUAUCCCAAGUAUGACAAAUGCGCCGACCCUGCCACCAAAGCCUAAUUCCGUACAUAGCAGUUUUUCCGGUCCUUCACAUGACAGCUUCUCAAACCCAGGUGGCUCGUACUUGCAGUCCUCACAGCCUCUACCACCUCCACCUCAGUCUCAAUUGGAUUCACGCGAAUAUAAGCCACCUAGUCAUUUCAAUAGCCCGGCACCGGCUCCUUAUACGGUACCUUCAGCGUAUACCCCUGCAUUAUACAGUCAACCUGAGAGUCAGCCACCAGUGCCGUCACAGUAUCAGACGCAGUCAUCAUAUCCUCAAAACUUCAACUCGCCGACCUACAGUUACCAACGGCAAAAUUCCAACAACGGUUACGGGCAGUAG